AUGGAUAUAAUGGCAUCAUGAUGGAGGAUCACAAGCCUCUCAUAUCACCAGUUAAGGAAGAGAUAAGAACACCGGAGAGAUGUCCCAGUCCUCUUCUUCUACAGGAUGGUUCAGAAAAGCAUUACAAUGUACCACAGGAUAAUUCAGAAGAACAUUACUAUGUCCCACAGAAUGAUCAGGUAGAUGGAUAUAAGGACAUCAUGAUGGAGGAUCACAAGCCUCUCAUAUCACCAGUUAAGGAAGAGAGAAGAACACCGGAGAGAUGUCCCAGUCCUCUUCUUCUACAGGAUGGGUCAGAAAAGCAUUACAAUGUACCACAGGAUAAUUCAGAAGAACAUUACUAUGUCCCACAGGAUGAUCAGGUAGAUGGAUAUAAGGACAUCAUGAUGGAGGAUCACAAGCCUCUCAUAUCACCAGUUAAGGAAGAGAGAAGAACACCAGAGAGAUGUCCCAGUCCUCUUCUUCUACAGGAUGGGUCAGAAAAGCAUCACAAUGUGCCACAGGAUGAUCAGAUUGUGAAUCCGGGUGAAGAUCUGAACAUUAUUAAUCCUACAGAGACAUAUGUGAGGGGUGAUGAGCAGAGUACAGAGGACAUUCCUACAGAUAACCGUACAGAUGACUGUACCAGGAACUUAGAGAAACAUCUGGUAUUUGCAGAUUUUGAAGUAGAUGAUUGUGGUAUCACACGAGAUACAUUUGAAGAGCAUGCCAAUAUGCAAGAUAUACCUUCAUCCAAUCACAGCAACAAUGCAUCAUUUGAUUAUUUUAAACAGGUCCGAUCUUCUGAUUCAUCACAGACUGUAACACAGAAUAAAAGCCACAGAAGAAGUGCUAAACAUCAAACAGCUCACGUAAAAGAGAAGCCAUUUUCAUGUUCAGAAUGUGGGAAAUCUUUUAAAUGUAAAUCAGGUCUUAAUAGACAUCAGACAGUUCACACAGGGGAGAAGCCAUUUUCAUGUUCAAAAUGUGGGAAAUGUUUUAAACAUAAAUCAGCUCUUGUUGUACAUCAGAGAAAUCACACAGGGGAGAAGCCAUUUUCAUGUUCAAAAUGUGGGAAAUGUUUUAGCCGUAAAUCACAUCUUGUUGUACAUCAGAGAAAUCACACAGGGGAGAAGCCAUUUUCAUGUUCAGAAUGUGGGGAAUGUUUUAAACAUAAAUCAACUCUUGUUGUACAUCAGAGAAAUCACACAGGGGAGAAGCCAUUUUCAUGUUCAAAAUGUGGGAAAUGUUUUAGCCGUAAAUCAUAUCUUGUUAUACAUCAGAGAAAACACACAGGGGAGAAGCCAUUUUCAUGUUCAGAAUGUGGGGAAUGUUUUAACCAGAAAUCAGCUCUAGUUGUACAUCAGAGAAAUCACACAGGGGAGAAGCCAUUUUCAUGUUCAGAAUGUGGGAAAUGUUUUAAAUGUAAAUCAAGUCUUGAUAAACAUCAGACAGUUCACACAGGGGAGAAGCCAUUUUCAUGUUCAAAAUGUGGGAAAUGUUUUAGCCGUCAAUCAUAUCUUGGUAAACAUCAGAGUAAACACACAGGGGAGAAGCUAUUUUCAUGUUCAGAAUGUGGGAAAUGUUUUAGCCGUAAAUCAUAUCUUGUUACACAUCAGAGUAAACACACAGGGGAGAAGCCAUUUUCAUGUUCAGAAUGUGGGAAAUGUUUUAGCCGUAAAUCAUAUCUUGUUACACAUCAGAGUAAACACACAGGGGAGAAGCCAUUUUCAUGUUCAGAAUGUGGGGGAUGUUUUAGCCGUAAAUCAUAUCUUGUUAUACAUCAGAGAAAACACACAGGGGAGAAGCCAUUUUCAUGUUCAGAAUGUGGGAAAUGUUGUAACCAGAAAUCAGCUCUUAUUGUUCAUCAAAGAAUUCACAUAAGGGAGAAGCCAUUUUCAUGUUCAGAAUGUGGGAAAUGUUUUAAAUGUAAAUCAUAUCUUCUUAUACAUCAGAGAAAACACACAGGGGAGAAGCCAUUUUCAUGUUCAGAAUGUGGGAAAUGUUUUAUCCAGAAAUCAUCUCUAGUUGUACAUCAGAGAAAUCACACAGGGGAGAAGCCAUAUUCAUGUUCAGAAUGUGGGAAAUGUUUUACAUGUAAAUCAAAUCUUGUUAUACAUCAGAGAAAACACACAGGGGAGAAGCCAUUUUCAUGUUCAGAAUGUGGGAAAUGUUUUAUCCAGAAAUCAUCUCUAGUUGUACAUCAGAGAAAUCACACAGGGGAGAAGCCAUUUUCAUGUUCAAAAUGUGGGAAAUGUUUUAAACAUAAAUCAGCUUUUGUUGUACAUCAGAGAAAUCACACAGGGGAGAAGCCAUUUUCAUGUUCAGAAUGUGGGAAAUGUUUUAACCAGAAAUCCUAUCUUGUUAUACAUCAGAGAAAACACACAGGGGAGAAGCCAUUUUCAUGUUCAGAAUGUGAUAUGUGUUUCAAACAUAAAAUAUCUCUUGUUAAUCAUCAAAAAAAACACAUAUAAGAGAAGCCAUCUUCAUGCUCAGCCCGUUAGUGACCUCCUCCUUUAUGCGGUUUUAUGGUGGUCACUAACUGGCUUUAUUCCUUCAGAUCCUCCUUUGCCUGUAUUUUAUUGCAUCUGAAUUUCUCCAGUAAAGAAGCACACUGGUUUACUCCAGACCCUGACUCUAUGGACUUAAUUCCCAUUGGGGUGCAUCUUACCAUCCCUUCUGGAGAGCAGCAACAAAUGGUGACACUUCAACGGAGUCUAGGGGCAGAGGCGGCUCUAGACUUUGUGAGGCCUUAGGCAAAACUUGAACAUGAGGCCCCCACAAACACAAGGUAUGCA